AUGAGUAGCAGCGGUAAGGUGGACAGUGGAUCCGGUCAUCGUCACCACCACCACCACCACCAUCACCACCACGGCCAUGGAAGCAGCCAAAGGUCGGCGCUGGCCGAUGGCUCUAGGAUUGGAAACUAUCAAAUUGUGAAGACUUUGGGCGAGGGGUCCUUUGGUAAGGUAAAGCUGGCGUACCACGUCACUACUGGGCAGAAAGUGGCGCUGAAGAUCAUCAAUAAGAAGGUUUUGGCUAAAAGCGACAUGCAAGGGAGGAUUGAAAGGGAGAUUUCGUAUCUGCGUCUUCUGAGACACCCGCAUAUCAUUAAGCUUUACGAUGUGAUCAAGUCUAAGGACGAUAUCAUCAUGGUUAUUGAGUACGCUGGUAAUGAGCUGUUUGAUUACAUUGUGCAGAGGGACAAAAUGAGUGAGAAGGAGGCUCGGAGAUUCUUUCAGCAGAUCAUCAGUGCAGUGGAAUACUGUCAUAGGCACAAGAUUGUUCACAGAGAUUUGAAACCGGAGAAUCUGCUGCUGGAUGAACAUUUGAACGUCAAGAUUGCCGAUUUUGGGUUGUCUAAUAUCAUGACUGAUGGCAAUUUCCUCAAGACUUCUUGCGGCUCACCUAACUAUGCGGCGCCUGAGGUUAUUAGCGGUAAACUGUAUGCUGGCCCAGAAGUUGAUGUUUGGUCGUCGGGUGUUAUACUCUAUGUCAUGCUGUGUCGCCGGUUGCCUUUUGACGACGAGAAUAUUCCAGUACUGUUUAAGAACAUUAGCAAUGGUGUCUACACGCUACCCAAAUUUCUGUCGCCCGGGGCAGCCAGUUUGAUCAAGAGAAUGCUGAUCGUGAAUCCGCUAAACAGAAUCAGCAUACUGGAGAUCAUGCAGGAUGAGUGGUUCAAGGUCGACCUGCCUGAGUACCUCAUUCCACCGGAACUGAAAAAUCACGAAAGCGACAAUACCAAUGCUCAACCCACGACCGCUGACGGUUCACAACAGGAAGAAGUCGAUGACGAUUUGGUCAAUGUCUUGUCGAAAACGAUGGGUUACGAGAAAGAUGAGAUCUAUGAAUCGCUGGAAUCUGGUCAGAAUAACUCCGCCUUAAGCGAGAUAAGAGAUGCCUAUAAUUUGAUCAAGGAAAACAGAUCGCUGAUCAAAGACCUCAAAUCCGAUCAAAGCACCUGCAACGAGCUCGAUACGUUCUUGGCACAGUCUCCGCCAACUUUUCAACAAAGGAGUUCGAGUGUGGUAAACAGCCAGGGUGAACCCGGUGCAGCAACAGCCUCGCAACCGAUGUCUUCGAGAAAGAUAGCUGCACAGCAGAGAACGUACCACCAGACUUCUUUCAGUGACCCGUCCAAGGAGGAAGACUCUACCAUAUCGAUUCUUCCAACGUCCCUACCACAAAUUCACAGAGCCAAUAUGCUGGCCCAGGGACUACCAGCGGCUUCGAAGAUUUCACCGCUCGUGAACAAGAAGUCCAAGACAAGAUGGCAUUUCGGGAUCAGAUCCCGCUCCUACCCGCUCGAUGUCAUGGGCGAAAUCUACAUCGCUCUCAAGAAUCUUGGUGCCGAAUGGGCCAAGCCCUCAGAGGAAGACCUCUGGACCAUUAGAGUCAGGUGGAAAUACGAAGUCGCUCAGAAUAAAAACAACGAAAAAAUUCCAGAUCUCAUGAAGAUGAUCAUUCAGCUUUUCCAGAUCGAAACCAACAACUACCUUGUGGAUUUCAAGUUCGAUGGCUGGGAAAGCAGCUACGGUGAAGUUUCGGCGAAUGUAAACCUCUCGGAGGACGAAAUGAGCACUUUCUCCGCCUACCCCUUCCUGCACCUAACGACUAGGCUCAUCAUGGAGCUUGCAGUUAACAGCCAAGGAGGCUAG